CCGGAAUCCGCUCUGAGAAUUCCAGUCUCAAUUGCUUCCAGUUUCAAACCAUGCCCAUCGAACAUAUCAACUCCAAUGAGAACUCUCAGUUCACCAAAAUUCUGUCCCAUGCCACAAAGGUCCCUGGCCUAAUCUUUCUUAGUGGGCAAACACCUGUCGAUAAGGAAGGAAACCUGGUACCUGGCGGUAUUCGUGAACAUACUGCUCAAGUUAUCAAGAACCUCGGCAAUGUUCUCGCCGCAUCUGGUUCGUCUUGGGAAAAAGUCGUGAAAGUGAACGUGUAUUUGAAAGAUAUGAACAACUUUGAAGCCAUGAACGAGAUGUACGAAAAGUUAGUACCGAGUCCUAAGCCCGCUAGAACUUGCAUUCAGGCUGCAAAGCUCCCUAAGGAUGUCGACGUCGAGAUCGAGGCCAUCGCCACUGCUUGAAUGACAUUUAGCGAUAUGUAGAAGUCAUCUAAAAUGAAACAAUAGCCCUCAACUGUGC